UUGUCCGCCUCCUCCACCAGCGCCGAGGAACCGCACCCACCGACCGGUGAGCAGCCCGAUCUCGAAGCGCAAAUUCCCCAUCAGACGGCGGCCUCUUCUCAGUCUCACUCUCAGUACGCCUCCGUUCCGCUUGCUUCACCGCCGCCCUUCACCCCGACUUCGACUACACCGCAACCUUCGAUACCAUCACCAGCACAUACCGCUCAGACCCAUCAUCAGCUCCCAACUCUGACCCUCACUCUGGGCCCUUCAGCCCAAGCCCCCACUCACGAUGCAUCUGAUCAGUCACAUCCACCUCAGUCUGCCGGCUCGACCGUCUCCGCCAUGUCCAACACCCAGACCUUGAACAACAGUUAUACUCAUAUCCAAACCCUCACCGUCCCGGGAAAUCAGUCUCAACCCGUCUCGCCGCUGUCACCUCCGGCAAUAGUACACUCUCCGGCUUCUCCGUCAUUCGUGCCGUCAGCCAUAUCCUUUGCGCCUCAAGUUCACCCUAAUUCUCCCGUACCUCAAUCUCUGAACCUCUCGGCGGCGGCCUCUCCGUCGCAAUAUCUCCCCUCACCGCUCGACUCACCCCUGCCUCUGGAUCUCGAGCGAGAAAUAUCGGACAAGGAAAAAGACAAUGUCUCCAUCCGGCCCCAGAGCGCGCGGCCCCGCACGUCCCGCUCCCGGCGUGACUCUGUCAUCGAAAAGGUCGCUUCACUCGACCCCCGGCCCUCUCGUCGGCGCUCCAGAAUCCUUGGGCCCAAGACCGGAAACAGCUUGAUGGACCUUCCUCCGGAGUUGCAGCUUCUUAUUAUCGACCAUCUCGAAUUCGGCGAGCUUGAGAACUUGCGCCGUACGUGCCGUUUCUAUCGCAACUUCCUUACGAAAAAGACCAUUCGCGACCUCUUUGGCGAGCAAUUCCGUCUCGCCUUGUUGGCGCAUUGCUACAUCUGCCUCAAGUACGAUCCGACCCGAGGGAGCUUGCUGUGGGCUGAUUACAACCACCCGCGCUACCCGCUCGCGAGCAAAUGUGUCGACUGCGCGUACCAACAAAACGAGCUCUCAGUCGGCAAGAAGGUGGCUCUGGGAAACUACGCCAGCGUGUGGAUCUGUCGGUGGUGCGGAUAUCCCGUUACUAACGCCUCCGCUCCGAACCAGCCGGAGUUCCACAAGGGGUGCUACGGGCACUACAACAAUGUGCUUCUGGUCUAUUUUGUCCUAGGCUGGAUCCAGCUGUGUCUGGGAAUCGUCGGCGGCGCGCUUUGCUGGAGGUAUUUCAAGCAGAAAGUGCUGAUCCUGGCGCCCUCCAUUGCCAACUUUAUUCUACUAUGGUGGUGCUUGGCUCUCCUCGUCGUGAGAGGCGACCACAAGCGCACAUACCACAUCUCCCUUAUCCUCGAGGCGGCGAUCCUCGGGCUAUGGUGUAUGCCACUCUACGUUUUAGUUGGCCUUAACGAGGAAGAUUUCGCCGGACUGCAAGACAGGAGAGUCACGGUGACCCUGGUCUUCGUCGUCCUGAACAUGUUCUUCCGCCUCCUCAACGUACUCGGCAACCUGAUUCUCGCAUUCGAAUGGCGUCACUUCUCCCGAAAGAAGCCCCGAUCCAUGCUCAUCACGAAAUGCAUCAACUUCGUCCUCGCAGGACUCGUAUAUUGGACCUACCCGCAGAGCAUAGAACAGGAAUACCCCGCACAGUACCACUUCUUCAACACCGGCCGCCGGCGGAUCAAGCGCAUCCUCGCCGAGCGCAACCGACAGCGGCAACAGCAGCAAAUGAUGACCAUGAUGAUUUAG